ACCUCUUACUUCCUUCGUAAUUUACGUCAUUGCUGUUGCUCUUGGGUCAUGCUGAACACUAUAUACACAGCCGUAAUUGUCUUUUAGUGGAUUGCUCUUCUACUUUCUAGCCAUUCACUCAACAUUUUUUAUUCACAUUUUUGCUCCUGAAAAUAUAAGAACUCAUCUUGAGCCAUAGAACCAAUAGUCGCUUCUCAAAUGUUCAGCGCCUUUAGUCAUGGCUUUUAUCUUGAAGCUCCUUGGGUAUGGAGGGGAAAAGAAGCCAUUGGUGGAAUGUCAGUGGCUACGUCGGGAUAUUAACCCAGAACAGACCUGGGAAAUCCUUACUGAGCUUGGAGAUGGGGCAUUUGGAAAAGUCUACAAGGCAUGUCAUAAGGAGAGACAGGAGCUGGCUGCAGUUAAGAUUCUUGAAAUUUCCUGUGAAGAAGCCUUGGAGGAUCAUGUUUCUGAGAUCAAUAUCCUUGGGCAAUGCCAACAUACCAAUAUCCUUAAACUCCUAGAGGCAGUUUUUUGGGAUCCAAAGCUCUGGAUCGUAAUGGAGUUCUGUGCUGGAGGAGCACUUGACGGAGUUAUGCUGGAACUGGGGCAUGGUCUGUCUGAGGCCCAGAUCCGGGUGGUCUGUUACCAAACUCUCCUUGGUCUCCAGCAUUUACACUCACAUAAAAUCAUCCAUAGAGACUUGAAGGCUGGGAACAUCCUGCUCACCCAACAUGGAGACAUCCGUCUGGCGGAUUUUGGUGUCUCUGCAGUGAACAGUCAAACCCUACAGCGUCGAAGCUCUUUUAUAGGAACUCCUUAUUGGAUGGCCCCUGAAGUUGUAAUGUGUGAGACAUGCAAAGAUGCCCCAUAUGACUACACGGCCGAUGUCUGGUCUCUAGGCAUUACACUCAUUGAAUUGGCAGAAACUCAACCUCCAAACCAUGAAAUGAAUCCCACUCGCGUCUUGCUCAAGAUCCUCAAGUCUCAACCUCCAAAUCUGAAGAAUCGGUACUUGUGGUCUCAAGACUUUAAAGAUUUUCUUAACAAAUGUUUACAAAGGAAUCCCCAAGAACGAUCCUCAGUCAAUGCACUUCUUGAGCACUCCUUUGUGUCCAAGGAUAUUGACAAUACUCCAUUAAGAGAACUAGUGGCUGAAGUUUUGGCAGAAAUUACAGAAGAAGAAGACAUGAGUCUGAUUAAUGAUGUCCCGGGCAAUGCCCAAAGUCUAGACGUUAUUCUAAGGGAUGCUCAGUCUCCUGGACAUAACUGUUCUGUUAAAACAGCAGAAGGCUUGCAGGACACCCAGGCAAGAAAUUCCAUUAAAAACACAGACCAUAAACCAGCAAUGAGAGUACAAAAAAGAACAAGCUUCUUGAAAGAGAUGCGUAGACGUUCUACUCCUUCAUUGUCAAGGGAAGCCAGAGCAUCUGUUAAAUGGAAGGUUGAAAAUGCACAUCCUGAAACUAAGAAAAGAGAACAUGUAGAAAAGCAGCACAUGACUCCAAUGGAUGUUCCGGUUAAUAUACCAAUCUCUGAGGUAGGAUUAUGUCAAUCUUCUGGAGUAUCUGGAGAAAAUGAGGACAUCUCUAAGGUCAUUGAUUUAGUUGAUAGGCAAGAAAUAGAUACAGCAGACACUCUUUGUCUGGCUAAAGAAGAUUCCAAAGAGAAAGCUAAUAUUGGUCUUCAAAAGAUUCUAACAUUGGUCCAAGAAAAUCAAUGUGAUGUCGUUAAAUCUGUAAAUCAGUCACGCAACAUCUCCAAAGACUCAGACUUGUUUAGUUCUUUAACACCUGCUCCUCAGAGGUGGAGAAGUGAUGAAAAUCUUAGUUCUUUAACCAGGAAACUAGCUAAGACAUGGUCAGUGCCAUGCACUAGUAAAAGAAAUUCCAUUGUUGCUUGGAGAACAUUGGAAACUGAAUUAUCCAGUGGAGAAAACGAUUCACUGAAAAACUUUAAUGAAACUUCACAUCUUUCUAACAAGGAUAAUAAACAACCUAUGCAGUUUAUGGCAAAGUCAGAUUCUAAUAAUAAUGAAGGGAAUAAGACAAAAAAACUAAUAAUUUUUCAUCACAUGAAUGAUGGACGUCAGCCCAUUUUUAGAUGUUCCUGGUCGGAACCUAAAAAGGAGAAGCGUAUUGGAAUAGAAAAACAUCCGCAUUCAUUUUCAUAUGGAAAAAAGGCCUCAGUGAAAUGGAUUGCUAGAAAGGAGCAGGAUGCAGUCAAGGACAAAGUAUUUACAGGGAAGAAGACAUCAUCUUUAGAAUUAAUUGUCAAUUUUGCUUCUGAGGCUACGGCAGAACUUAGUAGACAAGAGGCUUGUCCUCUUGACAAGGAGAGUAUACACACUAAUCUAGUAGGAAAGGAAAAUCUACCAAACUUACAAGAAACUAACUACAAGAGCGAUGAAGAACACCGCACAUCAAAAGGCUAUAAGCAUGUACACAGACCUAGCUCACCAGUUAGUGGUACUGAAAGUAAUAAUCAUUCUGCUAAACAAUUACUAUUAAGACGAUGGACAAUAACAAGUUCAGGAAAAGAAAUUGACAAAAAAUUGUUGAAAAAUGUAGAAGGGAAAGAACAUUUGGGAACAUGGUUACCAGAUGAAGACAAUAAUAUGAUAGUUGAUGAAUGUACUGAUGCUGACUGUUCCUGUGACAGAAGUAUGCCCUUAGGUGGGAGUGAGAAAGAAAAGGAUGCUACUCAGGAACAUCGAGUCCAAAAAAAUGUAAACUUUGCCCGAUGCUCAUGGAGUGUUAAUCCUGCGGACGUCAAUGGUGAAUCCGGUACACAGAAGGAAAAAGCUCAAGGCAAGCUAAGCAUAACGGAGGACUUUACUUCAACUGAUGAGGUGCUUUGUGAAGAUUUAAAUUUGGAUGAAAAGGACAUCUGCUCUUUGGAGACCAGAAAGACUAUCCGUAUCACCAGGAGAUUCAUAGUGGAUGGAAAGGAGAUGCAAGUAUCCUCAUGUAAAUGCAAAGCUCAACCAUACAACAAAGAUAUCAAAGAACGUACAGUUAGGCGCCAGGAGCUACAGCAGCUGAGAGUGCUGCAGAAGGAAGAGAUGAAAGCGCAGAGCCAGCUGGAGCAGCGAAUGCAAAGAGAGAGGGAGAUCAUGUUCCGACACAUUGAACAGGAGAUUAUAAGCAAAAAGCAGUAUUAUGAGCGUGAGAUUGAGGCCUUGGAGAGACAGAUGGAACAGGCACGAGUACGGAGAGAACAGGAGCACACCAACCGCCUGCAGCAAGAUGCCCUCCGAAUCAAGGCUCAGCAUCAGAAAGAGAGGAGCAAGAGGAAAGUAGAGUUGAGGGACAAAAGGCAAGAGGAGAAAUUCCUUGUAGAGCAACAGCAGGAGCUGAACUCCGCUUUACAGAAAGUAGUGAAUGAACAUAAGAAGAAGGUGAUAAGCAUAGAGAGAGAAAACCUCUGCAAAAUCCACAGCCUCAAGAAAGCUCGUGAGUCUGUGAUCCUUAGACUUGAAGAGCGACAUCUACAGGAGAAAUAUCAACUUUUCCGACAUCAGGUGAUUGAACAAUAUUCUCUGCAGAAGCAUCAGCUGCGCAAAAGGCACGAGAAGGAAAUGGAGCGGCUCAAACACUAUCAGGGAAUCUUAUUGGAAGAGCUGAAGAGUCAGCAGCUGCAAGAAAAAGUACGUAGUCAAAAGGCACAGCGUGCAGAAGCUAGAAACCGCCAGACAAUGUUCAAAGAGCGACUGAAAAACCAAGGACUGAGUGCUUCAGUACAGAAAGAACGGAACAAGCAGUUCUUGCAACAAGAAGCGGUCAGACAAAAGGAAGAGUCUCAAAAACUGCAGAAGAAGCAAGAACAAGAGCUUCAGAAGUUUAAGGAACAUCUAGAGGAGACGUGCAGGGAGCUGGUGCAGAUACAGGAAGAAAAAAUGCGAACUUUGCAAGAUCAGGAAACCAAAAAAUUACAACGGUUGGACGCGGAACACAGAAUGGAGUCAGAGCAGUGGCAGGAGCGCCUGCGACUUAGUAAAGAGAACCUUGACUCCGAGUUUGCUACCAGACAGCAGCUGAUCGCAGGGACCGGAAAGCAGAAAUACAAAAGCGCAGACAGGUGCACUUCCUGGUUCUCCCCGUCCUGACAGGCAAUGUACGCAAAGUUUGAGAAAAAACACUUUCCCAUUCAGUUCCCACAUGUAAAUGUUUUUGUUGGUGUGAGAUAUUAAACACUGUUUGGAUUUUGAC